UGAGUAAGCACUUUCUGAUGUGUUUCCUCAGGCAACAAGGAGAAUUUGUUGCCAACAUCUCUACAGCAACUGCAAGAAUGAAGGCUUCAGUGGGACAGCCUUCCACAAACUAUUUUGGACAGCAGCUGAUGCUUACAACCAAUAUGUGUACACUAAGGCUAUGGAGAAGAUAGCCAAGUACAAUCCCAAAGCUGUUGAAUACUUGGAGAAGUGUACUGAGCAAUGGAGUAGAGCAUUCUUUGACUGUGGUGUUUGUUGUGAUCACAACACCACAAAUUUUGUGGAAUCUUUCAAUGCCUGCACUAAGCCAUACAGGGACUUACCUGUACUCACCUUGCUUGAAGAAAUAAGGAUAUGGUGCAUGAAGAGGACUGGGGCAAGGUUUGAUAAAGCUGUGUACAUAGGUCCUACUGAUCUCACAGACUAUGCAAAGAGGAUAUUAGAAACAAGGAGUGAUGAGUCAAGGUUCUGCUAUGCCACAUCAUGUGGAGGUGGUGAGUAUGAGGUUAGGGAUGGCAAUGUCAACUUCCCUAUUACACUUACAAACUACAAGUGUGGGUGUGGGAAAUGGCAAGGCUCAGGCAUCCCUUGCAAACAUGCUCUAAGGGUUAUAUUCAAUCAAAGGCUUGAGCCUGCUGACUUUGUAUCCCCAUUUUUCAAGGGGGCAGCAUACAAGCUCACAUAUGGGGAUCAUAUCCACCCUAUGCCUGACCCCACUCAAUGGCCUGACUUCAACCUCCUCAAAUUGCACCACCUGAUAUCAAGAGACCACCUGGCAGACCUGUCAAGCAAAGAAAGAGAGGGCCUAAUGAAGCUAAAAAAGGGAAGAGGCACAACUCAGUUAGGUGCAAAAAAUGCAAGGAAGUGGGCCACAACUCCAGAACCUGUGGGACUGAUAAAGGGAAGGGGAAAGGCUUCUCCUUUCAUAUAUACAGAAUGGGUAAGGGCAAUCUUGUCAUUUUCGGUUUUGUAA